AUGACCAGGAGGAAGAAGCAUAGUCGGGAUACGUUUUCUUUCAUUCAUGUAUCUCAUCCUGAUGGAUUUAAGGACAAGGAUACUCAAAACAAGAUUCGCCGUCAUGCUAUGGGAGCGGCAGGCCAGUUGCGACUGAAGCCGCGCCGAAACCCGACCAUAUCGGUUGAUAUCCCUCCAAACACAACCGUCAACACCGGCCAAAGUCAACAAUCGUUAUUUCAAAGUCCACAGCAGCAAAUAAUGCCUCAGAUUGCGUUUUUGGGUACAUAUCCCGUCGAAACGAGCACCAGGGCUCGCCAACUUAUUCAUUUUAUGCAGGUUGCGGGCAACCUUCGUUUUAUACCAUUUCGAUAUGAAUCGUACUCAUUGGCUACUGCCGACCCUGCUGCGUUCUAUCUCUACCUGGCGAAUGCAGCCUUUCUACACAACCAUCUUACACAGAAAGAGAGCAACCAAGAGUCGAGCAAGUAUCUCGGGGUAUGUUUGAGCCAGGUUAUCGCAAGACUAGAAAAGGAGGCUCCUCGAGUUAGUCCUGGCUUGAUGUACACUAUGUUGGGGCUUGCCUGCCACGAGACGCAUUUGGGUAACUGGGAUCGUCGGGCCGUUCACCUAGAUGGUCUCGAACGAGCCGUCAAGGCCCGCGGAGGGCUUGAAAGCCUUGACCAAAUGAUCUCACUGCUUAUAUUUUGGUUCGAUGUUGUCGAAUCAUCCUCACGAGAUUCGAUCCCCAAAUACGCCAUUCCCCCACACCUAAGGGUAGAACUGUCACCUAAGGGGACGGUAUCCUACCCACUAACUAACAUUAUUGAAAGGCUAACACGAUCUGGAAACCACGAGAUCGCUGGAGCACUCAAGAGUUUUGGAAUUCUUGUGGACUUCGUAGGCCACAAAGCUCACGAUGAUGAAUUCUGGGAAAGUUCAUCGCAAGGGGCAUCUUUGAUAACUCCCAUCUCGCAUUCAUUAUUAUCAAUGCCAAGGGGAAUAAUUGGUAGAAAUGAUGACACCUCCGGUGACUACUCGAUAGAAAUGGCCCGGAUUGCCCUGUUGAUUAUUCUGGCGCGGCUCAAACAAAGUUUCUCAUUCCCGAGUGACGAGCUCAUUUAUCUUCAGGAGAGAUUCAGAAUGCUCCUCUAUUGCCACUCUGGGUCCGAAUUUCCGGAUCUUGAGCUUUGGUGUGUGGUUUAUGUUGCCUUGAUAGACUCGGCGCACAUGGGAGCAUAUGUCUCAUACAUCGACAAUCUAGCCGAGAAACUUGGAAUUGAGGGUCCUGAAGAAGUCUUUGAAUUGGCAAGAAACAUAAUCUUUGCUGAUAGAAUUAUUCCUUUGGAUGUCGGGGCAAUUGUUUCAAGUUUAAACACUGCGAAAAGAAACAUUAUGCCCGAUCAAAUUUAG